AUGUCGCACACCUAUAACUACCAGUUGAGUUUUUGGGAUGAACAAGACGCAGGUGCGACGCUUCUGCUUGAACAUGUCAGCCAUGGCCUUGAGUCGUGCAGUAACAUAGUCGCUUUUUUUGAGGAGAGAAGCAAACUGGAGAAGGAUUACGCCCGCCGGCUGAGUGCCAUCAGCGGGAAACUGCAGAGUGGCCUACAGCAGACCCCGGACUACGGCAAAUUGGCGCAUUGCCUUAGGAGCCUCCAAGCAACCCAGGAACGAAACUGCCAAGCCCACUCUAAAGCAGCAGUUGCAAUUCACAAGGACGAGUACGCAGAGCUCAAGCAGCGCGUUCAGGAGCUUCAAGCCCGGUACAAGACGAUUGACAUCAAGAUCCGCAACAUUUGCAAUGCCAAGAUCACAAAGCGUCAGCUCUGUGAUACACUGAAGGAAAAGCUGAACAAUGCAACUACCGAGCUGCGAGACUGCCAAUUGAAUAAGGACAACUUUCUAGGAAAGCGGAAUUUGGACCAAAACGAUCGUCAUUUGCUGAAGUGGAAAAGCAUUGUUAAUGAGCUACAGCUGAAGUUGGACGUUUUGAAACAGGAAUACAAAGCUUCAACCAAGCAUUGGCUAAAUGAGUGGUCGCAACUAAGUUUAGAAUUGCAAGAGCUCGAAAAAUCUCGAAUUCAAUUAAUACAGUUGAAAAUCCAGGAUUUCGCUAAGCAUUGCUCGGACAUGGCCAUUCAGGAGCAAGCUUGUAUGGAGGGGUUAACACAACAACUUGUAAAGUAUACCGCGGACCAAGAUAUAACAAGUUUUGCUUACAAUCACGGCACCGGGCGACUCCGGGCCAGCGUCCCACUACCACAUCCAUCACAAGCACAGUCACAAUUGCAGUCUAGUUCCAGCAAGCACGCGCAAAAUAUACGACGGUUAUCCUCACAGUUGCAGAGAACUAGGAUUUCGAGCCAGAUAACUGAAGAAUUGCAAAGAUCUCCUUCUGGCUCACUACCAGCUUCUUCGUGGCAAGACAAACCACAGGUUCCGGAUUAUUCAGGCCGGAAUCUUUUCCCCACCACCCAAAGCAUGCACAAUGACGUUAGACUUUUAGAGCCGCCUGUAACAACGUCUGCCGCGUACACAACAUCAGAGUCUUCCAACGAAUCUUCGAAUCCAACUGAUUUCACCUCUCAUAUGAAGCGCCAUCCUAGUGCCGAGUCUCUUAGCACUUCAAUUUCGUCACUUGCGCAUAGUAUUGAAGAUUCUAGAAGGUUUGCCAAGUCCUGGAAUUCUCAAAACAGACGUAAGUCCAAAGCUCGGUCUCAAGUGUUUGAGACCACAACAGAGACAAAUGCAGAUGUGCCUUCACGAUCCGCUAGUAUGGACACAACCCGUAUCCACGUAAACGAAGAGAUGCCCUCAACAAAAUCAUUCCACAAAAACCGGAGAUCCAUGGUGGGUUCGGAAUCGGGCUCAAAUCCGUUCAAACAAGCGUUAGACGAAAUGAGGAAAGUAUCAGACGAGCAUGAUGACCCAAUGAUUACGAAAAACAGGAGAAAACCUACUGAGAAACCACUGAUACCAUUUCCACAUUCUCGACAUGCGACUCUUGGGGAUGACGAAACUCCUUCGAAGAAACGCGUAAUGGACGUGGAUCAUUACGUGGAGCUUCCUCUUCAAAGCAGUAAAGGCGAGACGGUAAUCCAAUACGCAAGGGCCCUAUAUACUUUCAUGGAGGCAAAUGAGCAAUGUAUCGUCAACUUUCGCGUUGGCGACUAUCUGCUUCUGACAGAGAAACUUGACAACGACUGGUUCAUUGGUGAAGUUCUUGAUGCCUCAAAAAGUGUCAAUCCUGAUUAUCGGUAUGGGAUUAUUCCACAAAACUACAUCGAGCUACUGCCAUGA